CCUGUGUGUGCAAUAUCCUACGCGUAAAGUCAUCAGUAGUAGCAGAGCAGUCAUCAUCGUCAAGCGUGUGUGAUAAGUGAACGCGACAGAAGCGGAAAGGACAUUUUCCGAAGCAUGUUCUGCUGAGAAAUUUGGAGUCUGUCGUGCGUGCGUGCGUGUGCUGCAAAUUCCUGCAGGAAUCGACGGGCGGACGAACGGACGGACGGCUUGUUUUUUUCUCUCCCGUUGUGCAAACGCGCGUGUGUGUAUUUCGUGUGCUGGGAUCAUCUAGCAGUGAAAAUCCGAUCUCCCGAAAAAGGCAGCCCUCUCGAUGGAAAAUUGAUGAAAACCUCAAGUGGUGGAAAAAUUAUAGUUUCGGGAGCCGGACCAGUUUCGCACACGGUGAUGGGGGUGUACCCCCUGACGGGAGAUGCAACCACCCCAACGUUACAUACCGUCAGUUUCUGAUUUAUACGGUACAGACGAAAUAGAAUUCCUACUGGACGAAAUACGGGAUCUAGAACCGGCCUGCUGUCAGCUGGAGGAUAUUCAAGAUUUCGAGAUAGCUGGCAGCAGAGCUGGUGAACUUUCAAUCUCUCUCGAAUCACCGUUGGGCACCUGCACAUCCUGGGACUCGCAUGCACAUUAUCGUCAAAGGAUAGGGAAUACACCGCUACCGUGGGGCGUUGCGCUACACUGCGACGCCUCACAUCUGACCAGUCCCACGGGCAUCGUGAGGAUACUGUUGGUGAUAUCAUCGGCAGCCUGUCUUGCUUGUGAAUGUUCGGCCGGUACCGUACAAGUGGGGCUAUUUUUACUGCCAUUGAUCGGUCGGUUAAGGUUGAUGGUCUUUUGCGCCCUAUUCUCGCUGUUAGUGACGUGUUUGAUGCUAUUUUUGGAUAUAUCGCAUAUAGCAUUAAUGUUUCCCUUCAACUGGGGAAAAUUGAAUGCAUGGAUGUACCUGACAAUCGGUUUAUUAUUUCUCGUUGGUUCAUCGUUGCUAAUACACAUGGUGUUUUUUGCUGAGGAAUUUAUGUGGGUGCCAAAGCAUACCAAGGACACAUUGUUCAUAUCAGCGAUUAUCGGUUACGUUUGCUCCAUCGAAGCAGUGGUCCUGGCGGCACUAACGAAAUGUCCCUCCCAGUAUCGCCACGUGAUCGACGACUACAGUGACAUGUGCUUGGAGGAGCGCGAACUUAGUCCUAUUUGUAGUAACGAGCUAACGAAUAUUGCAAACAACACUGCUACCGGUAAUAACAACAUUAACGCGACAGAGCUGUCGAAUCAUCGGAACUACAACAGCAAAACAGAAACGGGUGAUAUCGUGACACCAACGAGUAACCAGAAUUCUUAUAUACCAGUGAAACGUCCCGACCAAACGUAUAAUCAGCGUCCUACCUUAGGUAAUAUGCAGAAAUCGAAUCACCGCAACCGUCAGGGUUAUCACUACCAACCAAUUGCCUCAACCUCACGGCAAAGUCCCACGUUUGUCCUGGACGACGACGCCAUCCCGGGACCGUCGAACCGAUCGCUCGACUACUCCAGCGCGUGAUAAUUAGAGGUAUUGUUCUUUUUCCCUAUACAUCCUAGUUUUUGCUCGUCUAUAAUCAGCGAAGCACUGCGUGAGAAACAUAAGAAGCAAACAUAGAAGUAGAAGUUCUACCUACACUUUUUCACUGAGGUGCAUACGAAAGCCGAACAAAAGUUCAUAGGAUUAUAUAAAACCCGUAUUUAUUCGAUCUAUUUUCUCUACCGAACGGAACACAUAAUCGUCAGUACCUUUCGGAAGGCUACCGGUAACCUAACAGAACAGAAACAUCAAUGCAGUAGUGUGUAGGUCAUCACAUAUGAGGUUAGUUUAAGGACUUUUCAGUUUGGUUACGUUCUUUGGUUCCCUAGGUUUGCCAAACCGUUUAGACAUGCAGCGUUUCUCCACAAGGGAGUCAAACGAGUCAAUAGUCUAGGUUCGAUUUUUGUACAAAAAGUACUCUGAUGCAUUCACAAAGAAAAAUGGCUGAGGAAAUCAACUCAAGACGAGAAUAGGGCAACAAUAAAGGAUAUGAAUUAUAUUAAUUUAGCGCAACCAGAAGAUUUCGUACAGUAAUACAAUUGAGACAGUAAAAGUAAUAAUGGUAAGCAAAGUAAAUAGAGGAGAAACCGUUUUGGAUAACCAGUUAUUUCAAAUUAUGAGCCGAAGUAUGGAAGAUACUUAGAAGUGUAUAAUUUCGUAAAGCAUUUAUAUUACCUAGCAGAGCAAACUAGUGGACAGGUUUUUAAUAUGACAAGAGAUGAGAGAGUUGUAGAUAUCAUUACGAAUACGAACAAUUUUUGCUAUAAACGAGAUUCAUUAGCCACGCAGAAUAUACAAUAAAAACUACCACAGUUGGUAUUUGUGUGACAAGGAGACGCAACUUUACGAGGUUCCAAGAAGAAAUAGAACAAGUUUAAGCGUUGUGAAAUUUUUCUUAUCAGUUACCAGCUUUCUCAUUUGAAGUGUUUGAAUUUUUUAGGCCAUUAACAUAUCAUAUUAAUUUGGUUAAAAAAAUAGCGAUACUCUAAAUGAACAGAUCACAAUUUCUAUAUUUUCUCGCACAGUGGGCAAAAGUGGCGACCAUUUUACGUUAUCAUUUCUCGGCAGCAGCAAAACAGACUUGGCACGCGCUCAAAAUCACAUGACUGCAGUACCAUUUUGUGAAUAUUCUCGAAUAGGACAGCUAGCUUGAAAUAAGUAUGUACCUUCGGCAGUGCAGUUCUCUGUAAAUUCCGGAGCAACCUCUAUCGUAGCAUGUAGAAAAGUCAAUUUAAAAUUGUUCGAUGGCAGAGAUUUGUAUUUUCCAUCUCUGCACCAUCCAAUCAGAGCAACGUGUAUCCAUUAGAAGAGGCGAAACCUGCUUGAAUACUUCCCGACUAAACGACAUAACAUAACGCCACAUCCGUCCCAGUGCAACUAUUUUAUAGGAUUUUUCAGAUUUAGUUGAAACUUUCAUCUACAUCAUAAAAUCUCUCUGUAGAACGAGAGGAAAAGUGCGCAACUGAGUCAGUUUUUGGAGUAUUUAUCUUAUCUGCCGUCCAUAUAGUAAAAAAAAAAAACGUAAACCGAACAGAACCGACAUUAAUUGAGUACCGAAGACAGAGCUAGUAGGUCGAAUGAAGCUGAGAGAUCCGCCCACUAUUUUUCGACAACGUUAGAACAAUCCGUUAGGACGAGUCACGCACAACGAUCGGUUGGACAAUAAAGAAAUUUCCGUUUUCCGCGAUCGCGUUUGUAUUAUACACUUAAAUUUGCGUUGAUCACCGUUUCAGGCUUCAACAUCAUUAUCAUCAUCAUCGUCAUCAUCAUCAUCGUCGUCACCAUCAUCAUCAUCGUCAUCAUGAUACCAUUCGAAGACAAUAAAAUAUCGAUUGAAUUGGCAACACUGCGAUGCUUCACGGUGCCCACUGUGCCCUCUUAACCUUGUAGGAACAACAUUCAACUUUUUAUUUUCCCUUACUUUAUGUGGUGACAUGAUCACUUAGGUGAAUCGGCAUUUACUUCUCAUUUUCUACACUGAAAACCAUAUGGUAUUAAAGAAAGAUCCCUGUACUAACUAACGACAGUUUCUACCUAUAUUCAACCGGAGAGUAUUACUUUUACAUAACGGAAGCAAGUUUUUUGCCUAACUCUUACCUAACUUACUCGCCAUAGUUAACUAAGUUAAGUUUUCGUUACGACGAACGGACGACGGUUCCAGGUGAGUUUUAUCAUGGACAAAGUUUAUCAACUGUUGGAAUGCGGUGUUUCAAAAUUAGGCGAAACGAA